AUGGCGAUGCCGCCCAUCAAAGGUGGCCCCACCUCCCCCACCUCCCUCGCCGGCGAUCUCCGUGCCGUUGCCGAGAUCCUGCUCCGUCUCCAGUCGCCUGCCGCCCUCGUCCGCGCCGCGCUCGCCUCGAGGCGCUGGCUCCAGGUCGCAUCCUCCCCCGGGUUCCUCCGCAGGUACCGCUCCCGCCACGCCUCGUCGCCCCUGCUCGGCCUCUACGUUCCCAGGGCGCACACCGGGCUCCCCUCAUUCCAGCUCGCGGAUUCAGUCCGCUCCGACCGCGCCCUUGCCAAAUUCGUGCGCGGGGGCGACUUCGGUCUCACCGGUCUCGAGAGCCAUCCGGAGUGGCGCCUCCUUGACUGCUACAAUGGCCGCCUCCUACUCUCCAGAGGCGAAUCACGCGCCGUGUUCGACCCAGCGUCCGCCCGCGAACCUCAGCGUGGCCAUGAUCAGCUGUUGCGAGCUGCCGAAUACCACUCACAUACUCGCCAGUGGCAUUGCCACCAGUGGGUGAAGGACAUUAACAGACCUCAACAUGACCAGGCGAUGCAUGCCGGUCGGUUCAUCUUUUGGAGAUACGAUGACACUUCGUCGCUCUUGCUUGACACGGCCACUAUGGAAUUCUCCAUCCUUGGUCUCCCGUUUACAUUCUUCCAAGAGUCAAUGUAUGCCAUAGGAGACACUGAGGAUGGUAUGUGCUGCCUUGUGGGCCUUGUUGGUAGCAUUAACAACCUCCAUUUGCAAGUGUGGUUGCUAAAGGAGAAUGGUGCUGCCAAGAUGUCGGAGCCAGAGAGGAAAACUCUAGUGAGCCAAGUGCUUGGCAGGGAUAUCCAAUUGCGUCAAGUCCAUGCAGUAACCAAUGGACUAGUUCUUCUAUGCUGGGACCAAACCCGCCAGUUUGCCAUCAAUCUGAAGAAAAUGUGUAUCGAUUCUGAGUUUGAGUGCAGCGCUCUUGGUUAUCCUUUGCAAAUGCCAUGGCCACCUGCUGUGCUGGUUGAAACUACUCAUGAGACCAUUAAUUAUGUUGUGGAUCUUGUAACGCAAAACUUUUCGGCAAUUGAAGAAAUUCAGACGGAGAUGAUGGUUGACAUCCAUUGCAACAAGGUGGCUCACAGAAGCGAGAUAGUUCCCAGUAGCAAGCUGGAUCAUGUUGGUGAGAUGAUCCACUGUAAUCAAAUGGACCCCCAUGGCACUGAGAUGGAUCAAGGUAUUGAGAUGAUUCAUGGUAGUGACACUAAUGAGUCAGCGACACUGACCAAAUCUAGAUGUGGCAGUGAGAUGGUCUCCAGUGAUCAUGGUGGUGAGAAGAUCCACUGUCACGAAACUGUCAUCCAGGGCAGUGAGAUUUUUCAAGGUAUUGAGACAACUCAGGAUAAUGGCACUGCUGAGGUGACACCACCAACCACAUCAAGAUGUUGCAAUGACAUGGAUCACAGCGAUGAGAUGAUCCACUGCAACCAAAUGGUUAUAUGUGGCAGUGAGAUGGUUCAAGGUAUUGACAUGACUCAUGGUAAUUACACUGGUGAGGCAGCACCAACCACAUCAAGACAUUGCAGCGAAAUGGUCCCUGUUAGCAAGAAUAAUCAUGGUGGUUUAAUGACCCAUUGUAACCAAAUGAUCAUCCAUGACAGGGAAAUGGUUCAAGGUAUUGAGAUGACUCUUGGUAAGAACACUGCUGAGGUGACACCUCCAACCUUCGCAAAAUAUUGGAGAAAGAACUCCAUCAUCUGGAAACAUUUCACUACUGAAACCGAUUCUGAUGGAUGCACACGAGCAUGCUGUAAGUAUUGCAGGAGGUCCUUUGCCUGCUCCAGAACAUCAGGCACUAGCCAUCUAAAGAGGCACCUCACCCUAGGUUCAUGUCCUGCGUUGAAAGGUCAAGUGCCACCUUCAGCAGGAGGGGCAAGACAUUGUGGCAGCGGUGCUGCAGAGAAACCUUCUAAGAGGCAAUGCACAUAUGCUGACGCUGCAGAUGAUGCACUUAAUCGGAACUACAAUAUAUCAUAUCUGGGGAAGAUGGACAUUCUGACUGAGCCUCUAACUACAAAACAAGGAAAUGAAUACUCAAUAUCAAAAUGCUUAAAAGUGUUACAUGACAUGGACGAUGUGUCAGAUGAGAUAAAGCAUCUUGCAUUUCAUGUUCUCAAGGAUGCAACAAAUCGAGAAAUUUUUAUGAGCUAUGAAUCAAGACUUCGUGGUUUAUGGUUGAAGAAGGAAGUUAACAAGCUUGGAACAUAA